GGGGAGCGAGAGGGGAGGGGCCGGGCCCCUUGUCUCCGCGGCUCCUCGGCUCAGUCCGCCCGGGAGGAGGAGGAGGAGGAGGAGGAGCGGGCAGCCGCGCCGCCGUCCCAGCCUCGCCCGCCCGCCGCCCGGCGCACCUGAGCUCCCGCGCCGCCCCCGGCCCCGCGUCCCCGCGCCCGGCCCGCGCGCAGCGCCGCCUCGGUGCCCGGCGGGGCUGGUCCCCCGGGCCGCCUCCCGCUCUCCCGCGGCUCGCGUGGCCGCGCCUUUGUGUGCGGCGGCCGCGGCUCCCGGGUCCCCGGACUCCGAUCGCGGCGCCCCUCCGGCCCGGAGUCCCGCGCGCCGCCCCGGACCACCCCGACCCGGCGCCCUCGACGGUGGAUCCCGCCGCGUAGAGGAGGCGGGCACCCGCCCGGCGAGCCCCAGCUUCGGUCCCGGCCCGGGCCCGGCUCCGGCAUGGAUCUGAGGUUCUACCCCGCGGCGGCUGGGGACCCCGCCGGCCUGGACUUCGCGCAGUGCCUGGGGUACUACGGCUACAGCAAGUUUGGGAAUAACAGUAACCACAUGACGAUGGCCGAGGCAAGCAACGCUUUCUUUGCGGCCAGUGAGACAUUCCACACACCAAGUCUUGGAGAUGAGGAGUUUGAGAUCCCCCCAAUCACGCCUCCCCCAGAGUCGGACCCCGCCCUGGGCAUCCCUGAUGUGCUCCUGCCCUUUCAAGGCCUCAGCGACGCCUUGCCCUCCCAGGGCAGCGAAUUCACACCCCAGUUCCCCCCUCAGAGCCUGGAUCUUCCGUCCAUCACCAUCUCAAGAAAUCUCGUGGAACAAGACGGCGUGCUCCACAGCAGUGGGUCGCACAUGGACCAGAGCCACACCCAGGUGUCCCAGUACCGCCAGGAUCCAACCUUGAUCAUGAGGUCCAUCGUCCACAUGACGGAUGCCGCCCGCUCCGGGAUCAUGCCUCCCGCCCAACUCACCACCAUCAACCAGUCUCAGCUCAGUGCCCAGUUGGGGUUGAACUUGGGAGGAGCCAGUUUGCCCCACACGUCUCCUUCACCUCCAGCGAGCAAAUCGGCCACCCCCUCCCCUUCCAGCUCCAUCAAUGAAGAGGACGGGGAUGACUCCAGCCGGGCCGUCGGGGAGAAAAGAGCGGCUCCAGAUUCUGGCAAGAAGCCCAAGACUCCAAAGAAAAAGAAAAAGAAAGAUCCCAACGAGCCCCAGAAGCCAGUGUCCGCAUAUGCCCUGUUUUUCAGGGACACACAGGCUGCCAUUAAAGGCCAGAACCCCAACGCCACCUUUGGAGAGGUCUCAAAAAUCGUGGCAUCCAUGUGGGACAGCCUUGGAGAGGAACAAAAGCAGGUGUAUAAAAGGAAGACGGAAGCUGCCAAAAAGGAGUACCUGAAGGCCCUGGCCGCAUACAGGGCCAGCCUCGUGUCUAAGGCGGCCGCUGAGUCGGCGGAAGCCCAGACCAUCCGUUCUGUUCAGCAGACCCUGGCGUCCACCAAUCUGACAUCCUCCCUCCUCCUCAACCCUCCGCUGCCUCCGCACGGGGCGGUGUCGGCGGCGGCCGCGCCCCAGGCCCUGCAACAACAGUCGCUGCCCCGCUCCAUCGCUCCCAAGCCCUUACCCAUGAGACUGCCCAUGAACCAGAUCGUCACGUCGGUCACCAUCGCGGCCAGCAUGCCGUCGAACCUUGGGGCGCCGCUGAUCAGCUCCCUGGGCGCGGGCCUGGUGGGCUCGGCGUCCGCCACGCAGGUGAGCCCGUCUGUGCAGACCCCGCAGCAGCAGCAGCAGCUGCAGCAGAUGCACCAGCAGCUCCACCAGCAGAUGCAGCAGCAGCACUUCCAGCAGCACCUGCAGCAGCAGCUCAGCCAGCAGCAGCUCCAGCAGCAGCUCAGCCAACAGCAGCUCCAGCAGCAGCUCCAACAGCAGCUCCAGCUGCAGCAGCUGCAACACAUGCAGCACCCGUCGCAGCCCUCGCCGCGCCAGCACUCGCCCGGCAGCGCCCCGCAGAUGACCUCCCCCGUGCCCGCCAUCGGGAGCCCCCAGCCGGCCUCCCAGCCGCAGCACCAGUCGCAGAUACAGUCCCAGACACAGACUCCAGUGCUCCCGCAGGCUGUACCUACGAUAUGUGAAUCAAACCGUUUCAUGAAUCCUGGAACCUACCAAGGACAACACAGGGGCCUCUCUGAGUCACAGGACAUGGCCUUAUGUCUCCAUUUAAGUGACUGGACCGUACUUCCAGGUGACGGGAACUCAUGAAACCCCCCCCCCAAAAAAAUUAAAAGCACAGUUGUAACUACCUGAAUAGGAAGAUAUUCCCGUGUCAUACAAACAUUGGUAUGACAUGAAUCGUCGAUGGCAUUUUUUUUUGUCAUAAAAAAAUAAUAAUAAUGUAAAUCACAGACUUUUGCCAAAGGUCUUAUUUUUUUUUUCCUAAAUAUCUCCAGAAAAAGAAAAAAAAGCAAGUGAUGAGAUUCAAGUAUUGACUCGUUUCCACUUUUUACCCACGACUUCUCCAAAUCGAACAAUAUCUAUGACCACUGUUAGCCCAUUGUAUCCAUUCCAAUUAGAGGGAAAGAAUGUGAAUAUUAUAUUCUGUGUUUUGAGUGACAAGUUUCGAAAAAUAAAAACACUGUAUUUUUAAAAGGGAAAUGAACUUAAAUGAAAGCAGUUAUUACAAAAGUUAAGAUUUAAAAAAAAAAAAAAGCGAGAGUUUUUAUUAUGAUGUAAUACCGGUAGAAUAUUUAACAGGCCCACCACAGCUGAAUAAUCAGUGUAAAUAUUUUCUUUCCAAGUUGUACGUUUUCCUAUCAUGUGUUGUAAAGUUUUCAUAAAUGAGGCUUUAACGUAAACACUGGUGACACAAACCAUUCAUUGCUACGUUGCUUAUUGUGUUUUUACGCUGUUUUAUACUUUUUUAUGAGUUACGAUAGCAGCAAUUGAGUUGUUUGUAUUUUGCUUAACUAAAACAACAAAAAAAAAUGCUUUUAUCUUGCUAUAGAAUAAACACAUUUCAGUAAAGACCGUGGGCUGUAUUUUGAUGCAACAACCCGGAAACUGUUCACUUUUCCAAUAAAAUGAUCUGUCACGUU